AUGCAUGGACCAGCAGGUGUGCAACAAUAUGGACCAGGCCACUGUGAUAAAGAUAUUGUUUUAGCUCUACAUUGUAAAACAUGGUCACAACAAGCUAGACAAUGGUUGGAUCAACAAUGCGGUGGUCGAUGGCCAUCUACUGAAAUAAAACAACUUUGCAGCAGAACUGGGUGCUUUGUUGUUCCUGUUGGAUGUAGGGGCAGUGAAUAUGAGCAACUUGAAUGGAGAAUAUCAACAUCUUUAUCUGAAAGGCUGUUAAUGUUUAACUUAAACAUUACACAGAUUCGCUGUUAUGUCUUGAUGAAAAUGCUUAUAAAAACAUUUAUCAAUCCACUGUUUAAAGAUGUUAUUUCAAGUUUUAUGUGUAAAACUGUACUCUUCCACUGUAUCGCCAAUACACAUCCUAACAUCUGGAGAGAAUAUAACUUACUUUCUUGUCUUUCACUGUGUUUUUAUCUCCUGUACAACAAUAUCAUUAAUGAGAAUUGUCCACAUUUUAUCAUACCUGGGAACAAUUUAAUGAGAGGUAAGAUUUCAUCUGAAAUCAAACCGUAUAUCCUGGAAAUACUCAAAAAUAUAAUCAACAGUGAAGGAGUGACACUACUUGGGAUUAAAUGUGAUAAUCUUGGUUCAAGGCUUCAACUCAAGUUUUAUAACAGAUGUCCAAUCAAGUCAAGUCACAUUAUUUCAGGACAACUAUUACAAAAUAUCACUGUAGGAAUAUCUGGGAAACUGUUAAAUACUUAUUAUCAUCUUCAGGACAGAAGUCCUAAUGAAGCUGUAGAAAUAUUAAAAAGCAAUUUAUCAAAGCUAUUCAAUUGCCAAUAUGAAGGAUUGUAUAAGACAGCCAGUCAUAUUGUUACAUCAUUGUAUUGUACAAUACUUGGAUCUGUACUGGCCUCAAUCAAUAUAAAUCAGUACAACACUGUAUCAGCAGAUACGCUCGAGAUCAUCUCACUUGGUCUGAAUACAGAUGUUGCAUCAAGUAAACUGAAACUAGCUUCAAUCUUAUACUGUGUGCAAGAAAUACAAAAAGCUAACGUAGUACUCAGUGAGAUUGAAAGAAGAUAUGAUCUACAAAUUGUUGAGCCUGGCUGUAAUUGUAAUGUAUUUGAAAGGAAAACAUUAAAACAAGGAUUCAAAGUUUUAUGUGAAAAUCAUAAUGAAGAAGUCUUACAGUAUAUAACAGCAUUAUGUGUAAGAUUUCUGCCAUGUGAAAUUCACUGUGUGCCAAAUGAACUCAGAUAUGAAAUGUUCAGAUCUACACAAGAGGACAGAGUGUUUCGUUCAAUAAAGGACGAUGAAUGGAUGGAUUAUGCUGUGGUGGAUUCUCUCCCGUAUCUCUACUUUUUACAAUACAAGAUUAACAGCGAUCUAGGGAGACAUGACGAAAAACAAGCCGCUCUUUUCAAACUUGUAAGAACCAUAAAAGAGGAACCAAACCUUGGACAUCGGGAAACAGCUCUAAAUAUUCUUGGAAAGUGCAUGGAACAAGAAGGUAGAGCUGGAGAUGCUUUACAGUGUUACUCGAUGUCACUUCAUGUAAGAGGGAGAAACAAUGUUGCAAAGAUUCAUAUCGCCACACUAAUUUCUGUUCUGAUAAAUUCAGGGACAUAA